UAAAGGUUUACAAAUGUCAUCUGCUAUGGAAGACCACCUUAAAAGCGUUUGUCCCGCCCCCAUGCCGUCUUCAGGCCCUCUGAUUGGCUGAGGAGUCAUGCAUGGAAGUGCUGCUGGAAAUGCAAAACUUGUUGCUGGCUCCUGCGGACGCGUUCGUUCCGCACACAGCCAAAAGCGGCUAAGCCGAGUGUGUGUGUUCCAGUCAGUGUGCUUCGAGCGCGCACACUUCAACACACGCGCCAGUAUCGGAGGGUCACGCACGUUUUGGAGCGGAGCAAGGAGCCAAGAGGUGCCCCGCUUCAUCGCAGAGCGAACCUCCACCAGCAAAGUGGAGGAUGCUGUCACGCCGUUCGGUGCUUGUGGAGUGCGGGUAGUGCACGCCUCGCAGCCCUGGGAGCAGGACCGGAACCGGGAAAGCGUCGCUCCGGUGCUUUGGCAGGAGAUUUGAUUUUGAAGGUGGACUUAACAUCAAGCCGGACGACUUUGUUUGCGCCUGCAGAGCAAAUAAUGGCAUUCUGAUGGACAAAACAUUUUUUUUUCAUCGAAUCUACAAAGACAAUUUUAACAAUACGGUCGAAAGAGGACUUUUUCUUGAUGCCGUUAUGGGACUUUAUACAGAAAAGGAGCCGUGGGUACUUUGACACCUGAUUGGAUUAAUGAGUGAUAGGGCUCAAUUUUUAAUUUAUCAGAUUUAGUCAUUUUAUUUCUUAAGUGCGCUCCUCUCACUUUCGUAGAGACAUGUCUUUGUGCCAUGAUUACGCCGUACAAAUGCGCACACGAAACUUUGGCGUGUCGUUAGACAGCCGGGCGGCAAGGUAAAUACAAUUAUUCUAAAUGCAUUUUCUUGAUCAAACACUUUAUAAUGCGGACAUAAGAACAGCAGGGAUGCCGUUUAAGCAUAUUUAGACAGUUUCUCCGCUAUUUUUAAGAAUUAAAAAAGAGAACAUUGUUGAUUAAUUCAGACUUUUAAAGCAAAUUGAAUUUUUAGUUGACUCUGCUUUUGGGACCAGACUGCUUUACGGUCUGCCCAAUAACUUGCAAUCUUACUAUUAUGUGGGAUUAAAGACAGCGUAGUAUGUUUAGGCUGGAAAAGUUUGGUUCUCAGAUAAAUAGCAGAAACCCUGGCCAGUCAGAGAGACAGAAAAACCAACCGAGACUGAACAUGGGCUCCCAUUAUAAAAGUACCAGUUUUCACACUGGUGGUCCACCUGGUGCUGUGGAGCCCGGCAUGGGCCCGAUGAGUGACCCGCAGUUGCUCGGACUCAACAUGAACAUGAACGGCGACCAGUAUGGAGGUUUUCACUCCCGGGGUCACUCCGACAUGCAUGCAAGCAGUGGACUUCAGCAGCAGCAAGGACCCAUGCAUGGAUUUUUUAACAACCAGCAACCUCAUCAAGGACAUCCUCACGGCCAUCAACCUCACCCGCACCAACAUCAUCCUCACUUCAGCGGGAAUUUUGGAGGCCCAGAGCCAGGGUCAUCAUGCCUGCAUGGUGCCAGGCUAAUGGGCUACAAUAACAAUGCCAUGGGACCGCAGCAGGGCUUUGGAGAAGGAUUUGAUCCUCUCGCUGAGGGACAGGCGGGGGACGGCUUCCCACAGCAGCAACAGCAGCAGCAGCAGCAGCGGCCCGGUAACAUGCCUGAUUUCCAACAUCAUGGUCCUCCCAGUGGCAGCCACGCUGUUCCUGCUCCCUGCCUCCCCCUAGACCAGUCACCUAACAGGGCAGCCUCUUUCCACGGUCUGCCAUCGUCCUCCUCAUCCUCCUCCGAUUCUCAUAGCUUGGAGAAUAGACGGAUGCCCAACCAGGGAGCUGUGGAGGGCUUAGAGUAUAACUUCCCCAGUGAUCCCCCGUCUGGACAUUUCGAUGUACCUGUAUUUUCCCCGUCCGAGUCCGAAUCACAGUUGCCACAUUUUGGCCCCGGUAGGCCAGUUCCCAGUGGGAAUUUUCCAGGAAACCCUGGCAUGCCUCGAGCGCCGGGCAUGCAGGGCAUCUCCAAGGGACACCAACCUCCACCGCCUCAGCAGCCUCAACAUGGAAUCUUUUUUGAGCGAUUCGGUAAUGGCCGGAAGGUGCCCGUGGGAAUGGACCCGGGGGUCAAUGCGAGACAUCCUCUCAUGCAACAGCAACAACAGGCUGGCUUAAUAGCUAGACAGAACUCAUGCCCCCCUGCCCUCCCCCGACCCCCUCAGGCUGAGUCUGGCUCCAGUAAUCCGAACAUUCUGGACGGAGGGGUCAUGAUGAGUGGCCAACACAAUCAGUUUGAAUAUCCCAUUCACAGACUGGAAAAUAGGGGCCUGCAUCCCUAUGGGGACCCCAUGUUUAAUAUGCAACAGCCAGCUCCCCUUCCCUCCCAACAGCCCCCAAAUCAGAGACUACAACACUUUGACGCUCCUUAUAUGAACAUGGCAAAAAGGCCUAGAUUUGACUUUCCUAACGCGCACAGCAGUGACGGCUGGUGCGGUGGCAUGGAAAAUCACCUCUCUCCCUCUUCCUAUCCAGGACUACCAGGUGAGUUCACCCCACCUGUGAAUGAAGGUUUCCCACCGGGUCCACUGCAGCACACGGGGCCUGAGCAGCAGUCUUUACAGCAGCGACAGAAUGCAGCCAUGAUGAUAAAACAGAUGGCUUCUCGCAACCAGCAGCAGAGGAUGAGGCAGCCCAGUCUGCAGCAACUCGGUCACCACGGUGAUGUGCCACCGGGCCCCCUGGGUCAUGGAGGCCCAGUGGGGGGCAUGCCUCAGCCCAACUUUGACAGGGAAAACGGGGGCAGGAUGGCCAACGUUGAUGGACAAAAUCCGCACGUAAACCAGGAGAACUCCUGGUUCCAAGGGUCCCACCCUCCUGGGGAGAUGAUGUCACGGCGUAUGGGAGGAGCAGGCAAUGACUCCGGGCCCCAUGACAUGGGUCUCCAGCAGAAUGGGCCCGGGAUGAUGUUCAGGCCAGGUAUGGGCAUGCAGGAACCCAUGAGAUUACCCGGAGAUGGACAUGUACAGGCUCUCCAUUCCCCGGGCUUGCACUCCCAGUUCAGCAGCAACAUGGGCAACAUCUCACAGAUGCAGUCGCCAGGAGCGGGAGGAGGAACGGGACAUCCGAAUGCACCGGCAGAGAGGCGAGCGCCCGAAUUCCCCGCUCCUCCAAUGGGGGCACAAGCGCCAUUCCCCUACGGAGGGGCAAACCGUCAAGGGCCAGCUCACAACGUCCCCCAGGGGGUGAACACCUCACCAGGGAGCUACCCUCCACAGUCCGAGUUCCCCUCAGGCCAGCGGUCGUCUGUUAGCAAGCUUGGUGCUCUCUCUCUUGGGAAUUUUAACAAAACCAGUGCUAAAGACAGCGUUUUUGGCCAGAGCUGCCUGGCGGCCCUUUCCACGGCGUGCCAGAACAUGAUCGCGAGCCUAGGGGCUCCCAACCUCAACGUAACAUUCAACAAGAAGAACCAAAACGAGGGCAAGCGAAAACUGAGUCAGACCGAGCAGGACAUUAAUAGCAGCACAUCUAACGGGACUGGCAGUGCUGGGCCUGAAUAUUUUCAGAGCAGCACUUCUCAGAACAACCAGCUGCCUGGCACUGGGAAUAGCAACGCUAAGCCUGCAAGUCAAAACCAGACGGUGCAGGGGGAAGCCAGUGCCCUCUCCCCAAAUUACAACAUGGACGCUACCCCGUGCAGUGAGGGGAAGGCAACAACAGGGAGUGGGAGAGGGAGAGGGAGGAGAAAAAGAGACAGUGGACAUGUGAGCCCUGGAAUUUUUUUUUCCUCUGAAAAUGGAAACCCUGUUGUGAGUCCAGGCCAGCAAACCCCUGCAGCUGGUGUUGGGGAGAGGGGUGGGGGCACGCCCCAUGAGAAACACCUGCAAUCACCCUCUUGGGGGAAAGGAGGUGACCUAAUGUUGGGGGACCAGGCUGACCUGAUGUCUUCUCUGGACAGUGGCAUUCAAAGUGUCGCCAAGUCUGACGGCAGCUCGCCCCGUGUGGACUUUGCCGAUGAUGUCAGCGCCCACUUUGGCAAUGAGGAUGAGGUGUCCUCCAGCUCAGAUGCAGGUGGAUCCUCAGCCAAUAAGUCCAACCGCAGCCCCAUGAUCGGCGGCUCACCUAAAAUGCAAAUGAAUGGACAGAAAACUUUAGGCUUGGGCAUUAACAAUCACACUACCUCGACAGCGGACAGCUAUGGACUGAGUGCUGGUGGAGCAACGGGCGGCAGUGGAGUGAGCCAUCCAGGUACGCCAGGGGUGGAGCAGGUACGCACCCCAUCCAGCACCUCCGGUCAGGACGAAAUCCAUCCUCUGGAGAUUCUACAGGCCCAGAUCCAGCUGCAAAGGCAGCAGUUCAGCAUCUCGGAAGACCAGCCUCUGGCCAUGAAAAACGGCAAAAAGAACGGCGAUUGUCCCUCUCAGAACGGAGACAACGAUCUGGCAAGCUGCAGCCCUGUCGCUGGGAAGGGUUCAAUGGGCACUAUUGACCUUGACACACUAAUGGCAGAGCAGCACGCCACCUGGUACGUGCCCAGUGACAAGGCCAUGAUGGACGGGUCCGAGGAUGACAAGUCCAUGGGACUUUGGGAAAAAAACAAGAGCCAAAACAACAACAAAGAAGACUCUGAGCUGUCCCAGAGUAAGGCUGCAGUCGGGACCCCCGGGGCCAGCGGAGGAGGGGGAGGCGGGGGAGGAGGAGGAAACCACCUUCAGUGCCUGUCCGUCCACUGCACAGACGAGCUGGGGGACAGUAAGGGCAGAGGAGGGCCCGUUUCUUCAUGGCGCUCGCUCCACUCUGAUAUUUCCAACCGAUUUGGGACAUUCGUGGCGGCACUGACUUGAAUGAAAAGCUGUCCCACCACAAAAGAAGAGGACAAACUAAGAUCAAAGACAAAUGACAAAGAAUGAUGAUGAUAAAAUGUGGAAAGUGCGGGCAUCUCUUGCCUGUUCAGGGAGAGAAUGACUUUCACGUAUAAAUGGCAAACACCCACACACACACACACACACACACACACACACACACACACACACACACACACACACACACACACACACACACACACACACAUAUAUCACACACCCAAACACGCGCACACACCCACAUAUACACACACGCUACAAAUACAAUUUUAUUGUCAAAAACAUGCAGUCACUCGCUCAGACACUGCUGGACAUCACAGCGUGGGCUCUACUUAACGAUGCCCGAUCUGGAAAACCUCAAAUCUACAUGUAUAUUUUUUCUUUGCUUUUUUUUUGUUUUUGUUUUGUUUUGUUUGUUUGUUUUGUUUUGAUGAAAAAAUAUAAACUUGUCAAACAAUGAUUAUGAGAUAGCAAAAGCAGAUAUAUUCAGUUGCCACUGGCUGUAAUUGUGUAGCAGUGUUGACACGUGAUGUACUUGGCAGGCUGAGGGAUUUUUUUUUUUCUGUUGUUAGUAAAUAUGGCCUUUUUGCUCUCCUCACAUAUGCGAAGAGCUCUAAUGUAUAUAAAUAUAUAUGAACCCAUUGUAAGCAACUCUUUGCCCCAAAAAUUUCAUCUGACUUUCACUUAUUUUGAUCAUUUUUGUCCUUUUUUAAAUGAGUGGACUAUUUCAUUGGAAGUGGAAUACAGAAGCAUAACAGAAGAUGGAUGAAUAUGCAUGAAUGUAUAUUUUUUUUGUUUGUUUAUUUUUUCUGUGCAAAUACAACUAUUUGCCUCCAUAUUCCAAGCAACUUUUUUUUUUACUGCUGCUGUUCAUUUAUGUUGUAAGAAUCUUCUCCUCUCAUAUUCAUGAGCUCAACCUUGUAUACAAUUCAGCCAAUGGGAACUGAAAUGGAGGCAUUUGCAUUGUUGAAUUGAAAAAAAUGGCUAUUGGUAUUGCACAUGUAUAAUAAGAUUUAAAAAAAAUGCUGUGUGUUGGGCAAUCUUGUAAUCUUUAAAUAAAGCUUCUGUUGAAUUUGAAUUUCUGAAACAAUAGAUGGAGGACUGUGACGCAAUUUAUGAACUGAUUUUUUGUUUACUUUUUAAAGGAUAAGUAAAGUGCAGUCGUCUGUUUUCCUGCAUAUUGUAUAUAUCUGUAUAUGUUUUAUUGAGUAACUAAAUAACAAUAAAUAUGACGUUAAAGGUG